AUGGCGCCCUCUUCGACAGUAAUCUCCAAACUUAAGGUCCAACUGAAGCUCUCGAUUGCUCGUCUUCGUAUGGUACAACAGAAAGAUGAAGCUGUAUCGAAACAACAGCGUCGAGCUAUGGGUCAACUUCUCGAGACCGGGAAAAUAGAAUCUGCAAAAAUCCGAGUCGAGAAUAUCAUCCGGUCCGACAUUACUACCGAACUUCACGAAAUCCUCGAGCUCUAUUGCGAGUUACUUCUUGCGCGAACGGGACUUAUGGAGACAGCGAUUUGCGAUCCAGGUUUAGAGGAAGCUGUCAAGAGUUUAAUAUAUGCCGCGCCUAGAACAGAUAUCAAGGAGCUACAACAAGUGCGGGCAUUAUUGUGCGAGAAGUAUGGAAAGGAGUUCGCAUUGCAGGCUAUGGAUAAUAGUGACGAGAAGGUCUCGGAGAAAGUACUCAAGAAGCUAUCUGUUACUCCACCAGCGAAAGAAUUGGUGAAUGGAUAUCUGGAGGAGAUCGCCAGGACAUAUGGAGUGGACUGGCCAAAGAGACCAAAGCAAGAGCUCGGACAACCCCCGGAAUUUGUAGAUGACGACGAUGACGAGAAUCCUAGUGGCGGACAGGCGCAAAAGAACUUAGAGGCGUCGCUGGUGGCGGAUGGGAGAUGCGAUGAGGAGAGAGAGGAACUGAUUAAAGCUACCCCACCAAGGAAUUUCGGACCCUCGAGCCCACUGAGAGUUAAUCCACCGAGCCCGAGUACGGACAAUUUACACCCAAGAGUGCGUGGCGCACUGGAUUUAAAGCCAACGAAAAAGAUACAAAGCGCGGCUUCACCGAAACCUGGCAUUCAAAGUAAAGGCCCAGUUGGAGGUAUGAUACCAGAUGUGGAUGAGUUAGCGGCCAGAUUUGCAGCACUCAAAAAAUGA